UCAUUGUUGAACUGGCGUAGAAAGGAUCAACUAAAGCCUAAAGUAUGAUUUUUUUGCACACUCUUUUCUUUUGGAUACUGAUGAGUUCGAUGAAGCCUGUGACUGCUUUUUAUCCAGAAACUAUACCAUGCGGUAAAAACAUCACCAAUGCUGGUGGCGAACUAACCAUCCCUAAUUCAUUGGGUUCUUGUACGUGGCGGCUCAUCAGACCUAAUGGACAGAAAAUAUUCUUGAGCGUAAUAGACGAUCAUUUCUGUUGUUAUGAUAUUGUGGUAUACAAUGGUAAAAUAGAUACUGAAUUUAUAAUUUUCAACGGAUCAAUAAACGCUGGAAAUAACAAUAUACCAUCUAUAAUACACAUCAAUGUAAGCAAAGCUAUAAUUACCUUCAGAAUGCAUAAUUUAUUGUUACAAGAGACGAGGGGAAUAUUGUUGCGGUAUUAUAGCGCAGCGACACCCGACAACAAGGGAAACAGAUUCGUCUUUCCUGUGGGAUCAAUUGUUAUUGUAUCAACAUACAAGUCUCAGAAUGUCACCGUCAAUAAUUAUUGUGAAUCAUAUGCAUCUGACUUCAACGUUUCCAUCGAUAACACGGUUGUUAAAUUUGACAUUGUUCCACACCCGCCGUUGAAAAGGUCUAUACAGCAGUACUAUGGAGGAGCAAGUCUACAGGCAGACAACGAUAUUGUCGUUUUUUAUAGAACAAUCCGAUCGUUUAUUCCAACUGUAGUCAUGCCGUUAGAUGUCACAGGAACACAAUAUGUUAUAGUUUUUGCAAAUACAAGUCAUCACAUUACAAUAAUGGGAAUAGGAAAAGCUACAACCGUGAACCUAACAUUUCCAGAAUGCCCGGGAAACUGUUCUUUACCUGAUUGCGCCACAAAAGAUGUAAGUUUUAAAUUGCCGAACAACUUGGAAUGUAAACACAUAAGUUAUUCAUGCCACGUGGACUUAACAGGAUCCAUGAUUACCAGUGACUUUCCAGUAUCAGUAAUGGUGCACACUGCUUAUCAAACUUUGCAGUUGCCACCUAUAAACACUUGGGGACGUAAAUUUAUCGUCGCAUCGUUGCCUAAUACGUUUUUACGUAACUUUAGUUUAAAAAUGGUUUCAAAGGAAGAUGAUACUAAUAUGACCAUACAGUGUUAUAGAUCAAACGCAACAAUAGAAAAAUAUGACAUAUAUUUCAACGAAAGCGGAGAACAUGUAGUACAAUGUAUUAGUACAGCAAGUAAUUGUUUAAUGCAAUCAAAUAAACCAGUUUUACCUGUACAUAUUACGACAGAUAGUGAAGAAGCUAUGUUCUUCAUUCCACCUGUAGAACAAUAUUCCUCUGACUAUUUGCUACCUGCAGAACUAUGUAGAGGCGAUAGCCUUAACAGAUCUCUUAUCAUAAUUAGUGCGACCAACCAUACUAAUGGUAUAAGAAUGGAUGGCUUGCCUAUUGCUGUUAAUAUUUUCCAAAGACAGCAGAUAGGCCAAACAGGGUACACCAGGCUGUUUGUUAAUCUUGGUGCGCCAAAAUUACAUCUUUUAGACCACACUGAGCCAAAUAUUGUAUUCGGAGUGUUCCUUAUCUGUUCAACACAAACUGCAAACUACGUUAUUCCGCUUGGAAUGAGAAUGGCGCCAAUAGCUGAGAAAUGUGAAUCAACUUUAAGUAUUCCUGGCGACGGUUUAGACAACGAUUGUGAUGACCUUAUUGACGAGGAUAUCUGUGAUAUAAACUCUACAGAUAAUUUUUACAAUGAAACUGAUUGUGCCGCCACAUCUCGAGAAAUGAUUCCUUGUCUCAAAUAUACAGACACCAAUGGAGUUGUAUGGAAGACUACAUUGCCUAAUAAUUAUGACUAUCAAACUUGUGGAAAGGGAAUAACAGGGAAUACAUCGAAUUUUUGUGAACUGAAAGAACGACGAUACGGUGUUUGGAAGGGACCAGAUACUUCAUUAUGUGUCAGUGAAUCACUCAGUGUCAUUGCCGUCAAGUUACAUCUAACCUUGAAUGGCACAAGCAAUGUCACGUUAGCAGACAUUCUAAAUGAAACACUGAGAGUUACUAAUAAGCUGAUAUCAAAAGACAACUUCAAUGCAGGAAAUUUAAAGUCCGUUAUAGAUAGUCUAGAUCUAGCAGUGACCAUAAUUGAAGAAAGAUCAUCGCUAGGAACAACAAAACGUGAAAGAGAAAACUUCAUAUCAGUUUUGAAUAGAUUGCUAUCAAGCGUCAACGAGGAAAGCUGGAGAACAUUAAAUCAGAAAAUAAAAACAACUAAUCAUGUUUCGACCAUAAUGAAUGUUGUUUCACGAUUCGGAUUCCAAGUGCACGUAAAUCAACUGGAAGAUGUUAUACUUGUUCGAGAAAAUAUAGUCUUUGAAGCUAAACAAGCUUUUAUUGAUGACGUGAUUUUCCCGAAUGUGACUGUUCUAUCAAGCACCUAUCAACAGACGACGAAUUCUGUAAACGCUAUGUUAUUUCUUAGUAAGGAUACUAUAAAGAAUAACUUAAAUGGAAGUAUUGAUUACACAGCUGUCUAUUAUAGAACAUUGAUGAAACUUUUACCGUCCACUUUUGACUUGAAUGUAGGAUCAGAUGUUGUUUCAUUUUCGUUACCAGCAUUUGCAGCUGCAAAUAAUGUAUUUCCUCCUGUUCAAAUUGGUUAUGAACAUGUAUACAGUAACAAAACGAAUUCCACUUGUGUAUUCUGGGAUUUUGAUAAAGACAUUGAUGGCAGUUGGUCGACAGACGGGUGUUAUGCAGAGUACAGAAAUACAAGUUACACCUCUUGUCGGUGUAACCAUUUUACUAAUUUCGCUGUGCUAAUGAGUGUUCAUACAUUUUCCAAAGAAGAUACUACUGCAUUAACGAUUAUAACAUGGCCCGGAUUGGUGACGUCAAUUUUAUGUUUACUAAUUACUAUUUUUCUGCACAUUUAUUUUUGGAGGAACGUGAAUUCAGACAAAUCCAAGAUUCUAAUCUGCCUUUGUUCAGUGUUAGUGCUUGCUUAUAUCAUCUUGUUAGCUGGCUUAAAUCUUACAGAGAACUCAUCUAGUUGUUCAGCGAUAGCUAUUGUCCUGCACUACUUAUUUUUGUGUGCGUUGUGUCUGAUGGUAGCUGAAGGAAUAGACAUAGCUAUGUCAAUCUUAAUAGUAUUUUCACAAGGAAGAUCAAACGCAGGACUAUUGUUAUCAUUUGGACUAGUGUUCCCUCUUGUCAUCGUCGUAAUCUCUAUGGCAGCAACUAAGUUUAAAGGAUAUGGGACCGAAAAGUAUUGUUGGUUGUCAGUCUCAAAUGGAUUGAUAUACGCCUUUCUAGUACCUUGCAUUGUUGCGGUCUUGACGAAUUGUAUAAUAAGUGUAUUAGUACUGAGGAAGAUGUUCUCAACACAAGCAAUGAUGAAAAAGGAAACUAAAGAAAAAGUCAGGGCUGGUGUUCGUAGCAUAGCUGUUCUAGCUCCAACACUAGGGCUUACGUGGCUAUUUGGCGUAUUAGCUUCUCAUAAAGACCUCAUUGUUUUUGCUUAUUUAUUCACAAUUUUGAACUCUUUUCAGGGUUUAUUAAUCUUUAUUUUUCACUGUCUAAUGAAUGCAAAAAUACAGCAAGCAGUAAAACGUAAAUACGACAGAUUCGUUCAAGAUCAUCCCUGGGCUAAACUGAAAAGGAAAGAGAAGAUGGACGUAUCAACCGUGGAUACGAGUGUUUCCAAGACUACAAAAACUGCAACGGACACAGAGAGUACUGCAGUUUGAACCUGAGAAAACAGGUGUUCGGAGACUAUGCAACUAGCACAGUGUCACAGUCACAUGUUUGACUUUUGUAUUGUAAAUUGUAAAUUUGAAAACAACAUGUAACCCGUUGCAUAAGAUUUAUAAUGUAUAUAUGUAAUACUAUGUUGAAUCAUAACUUCAUAUAAUCUUGAUUUUGCAAUACAGAUAUAUUAUUAUGUUCAACGUUUAUUUCAUGGCCUCUAGGCAAUCAUGUGCAUGACUCGAAUCAAAUUCUUCAAAACUUAAUAAAACAAUAAAAUGAAGUGUCAAAAGCAUGUGCAUUUCUCACAACUAUUUAAAUUACUAAUUUCAACAGAAUCACCUUCCAUCUUAAAAAGCGCUGAACCAAAUUUCAAUAACUUUAUAAAGCUAGAAGAGAUAGUAAACUAUCCUGUUAUGGCUUCAGUGUAUUAUUGGAAAAAAGUCUAGCUAAAUAUUACGUAUGAGAUAGUAAACUAUCCUGUAAUGGCUUCAGUGUAUUAUUGGAAAAUAGUAUAGCUAAAUAUUACGUAUGAGAUAGUAAACUAUCCUGUAAUGGCUUCAGUGUAUUAUUGGAAAAAAGUCUAGCUAAAUAUUACGUAUGAGAUAGUAAACUAUCCUGUUAUGGCUUCAGUGUAUUAUUGGAAAAUAGUAUAGCUAAAUAUUACGUAUGAGAUAGUAAACUAUCCUGUAAUGGCUUCAGUGUAUUAUUGGAAAAUAGUCUAGCUAAAUAUUACGUAUGAGGAAUAAAACCAAACACAAAAGAGGAACAAAAAUAUCGAAGCUUUAUUUUAAAAUAUGUCAUUUCUUUACAUGUCGUGUGAAAAUAAUUGAAUAUUUCUAGUUUUCCUCAAAUUAAGGCAACACUAGACCAGAAGCUACAUGUCAAUAUUGAUUUCCCUGAGAACAAGUAAUUAACAUAUUAAUGACAGAUGCAAGCCUUUAUUAUAGUAUUAACAAUUAAUCAAUGUAACGAAAAUCUGUAAAGUUGAUCAAAUAACGGGAAUUCGAGUAUGUAAAGCUUACAAAUACCCCUAAUGUAUUGCAAGACGAUCAAUUAAAAGAAGGUAAAGCUUCAUUAGGCUUGUAAAAAUAAAAAGGACUUUUCGCACUCAAUGGUCUCUUCAGGUGAUCAAACAGGUUCGUGUUACUUCUUUUUACUGAAAUAAACAAAAUGUUAGAAAGAAAUCAAUCAAGUAUAAAAACUUAUACAAAAUAAAGUGUAUGCCUUUUGUUUA